AUGACCACCAUUACUACUACUACUGACUCCGGUCUCCGGUUCUCGCCUUCUCCUCCGUCUCUCGACGUUGCUGUGGUCCCCGAGAAGCCCCGGCAGAAACCCAGAAAGAAGCGUACAAAGCUGAUCAGAAUUGAUGACACGUCGACGGGUUCGAGCACUGGUGUGGGGAAGCCGAAGUACAGCAAGAAGCCGGACCCGGGUGCGCCGAAGAUCACUCGGCCGUGUAGCGAGUGCGGGAAGAAGUUCUGGUCGUGGAAGGCGUUGUUCGGACACAUGCGUUGCCACCCGGAACGGCAAUGGCGGGGUAUUAACCCCCCGCCAAAUCUCCGGCGACCCGGCUCGCCUUCGGGGCAGCCGGUGGCGGUUAUGGCACCCGCGGUGAGUGAAGAGGAUCAUGAGAUUGCUGCGUGUUUGUUAAUGCUGGCCAGUGGGGUUGAUAGGGCUAGUGAGAGAAGUAUAAUUGAAGCGGAGUUUGAUGGGUUUUUUAGGGAAUCUGUGGCGGCGGUGGAGAUGGUGGGCCCGCCGGGGAUGGGGUGCCGGUUCGAGUGUUCGAGUUGCAAGAAAGUGUUUGGGUCGCACCAGGCAUUAGGAGGCCACAGGGCUAGUCAUAAGAAUGUGAAGGGUUGUUUUGCAAUAACGAGGAGUAGUGCUAGUGAUGGUGAUGAGUUUGAUAAUAUUCAAGACCAGAGUGUUGUUGGGCAUGGUGAUAAUGAAAGGGACAUUGGGGCUGCUUUGGAGGAGGAGAAGAUGUUAAUGGUUUUGGGUGGGCACAAGUGUAGCAUUUGUUUGAGGGUUUUUUCAAGUGGUCAAGCUUUGGGUGGACAUAAGAGGUGUCAUUGGGAGAAAGGUGAAGAAGGGGUUACUACUUGUGGUUUGGACUUGAAUAUGCCUGCACCGAUGGAAGAUGGGUCUUCAUCUUCUUAUACUGCUACUUCAGGAUUGACUUUGGAUUUAAGGUUGGGACUAUGAAAG